AUGUCAUCUUGGUACUCGAGGAUCCUCACCAACACCACCUCUCAGAUCUCGAACCUGCAGAGUCGCUUGUUGCAGAGUGAAAAUGACGGCGACACGGAAGACGACACCCACGUGUGCAGAGUAUUGAGAGGCUACUACACCGAGAAGGGCCGUCCGUUCCCAGGCUGGCUUCCGCCCGACCCAAAGGCACCACCCCCAGCAGCGCCCGUCUACGCCCAACCAGCCCAGCAAGUCGGCGCACGAUACGGAGGUCUGCAGCAGCAACAGCCAGCUGGUCCUACGACGGGUUUGAGCUCUUUGUGGGACAACAACGGCGGCGCGCAACAGAGGCAGGACACGAUGAGCCUGCGACAAGGUCGCGGAGCUCCCCCACCGAUGCGAGGCGCCGAGCAGCAGCCCGCGCGACUGAGCCCCUUUGCCCGAGCCGGAGACAAUGGGCGUGAAGAGGUGCAGGCCCGACCUCUGCCCAGUCAGCGAGCGGGCAGUUACCAGCAGAGUGCGGCGUAUGGAAGAGACACGACGAACACACCGCCGGGUAGCUCAGCGGGCGGCUCAGCACAGGAUCGGCUUAAGCAGCGACUAUGGGGAGGUGCGAGAACAACCAGUCCGGCAUCUGGAGGCCAAGGGCCGUUCCAACCACCGACGGGCAGAGGCGGGAGCGGUGACUACGAAGACCGAUUUGCUCCGGGCGGCAUGUACGAUGGAAAUGGAGGCAGUGGUGGAGGUGGAGGCGGAGGCAGGCCAUUUGUGGCAUCCAACUCUCCGUGGUCGAACAACGAUCCUGGCUAUGGUGGAGGCAGCGGCGGCGGUGGUGGUGGUGGCAGUGGUGGGCGAACAGGACUGCCUGCUGGCCCAAGACGCCAAGGUCUCCCCAGUGGUCCUCGUAUGAGGUAA